CGGACGGAGGACGGCUGGGGACUCGCAGCCCGGGAUUGUAAAUAAGACCGCUGAAACUGUGUUUUAUUUACAAAAGUAAUGCCGGCUGUUUUAAAAUACCGUUCCCAGUUGUUUUAAAGUCGUUUUUCGUAAUUUUUGGCUCUAUCUCUCGCCUAUUUCCGUGUGGUUUGUACACUACGCGUAUAAUGGCGAGCUCGGCUAACUCGAACCCAGUGCCUAAACUAUACAAGUCUGUGAUCGAGGAUGUGAUCAACGAGGUGCGAGAGCUGUUCCUGGACGAGGGAGUGGAUGAGCAAGUGCUUCUGGAGCUCAAAACGCUGUGGGAAAACAAGCUGCUGCAGUCGAAGGCAGUGGAGGGUUUCCACACUGAGGAGCAGGCGGCCCUGCAGGCCGCUCAGCAGCAGCAGCAGCAGGUUCAGCAGCAGGUCCAGCAGGUCCAACAAGUCCAGCAGGUGACUCAGCCAGCGCAGGCGCAGCAGGUGAUCCUGCCCCCUCAGCAGCAGCAAGCUCCCCAGCAGCAAGUCAUUGUUCAGGAUUCAAAGAUUCUGCAGCACAUGAGUGCAACAGGGAUGAGUGCAGCAGCGACCGCAGCAACGCUUGCUUUGCCCACAGGGGUCACCCCGUACCAACAGCUCAUCACCAGCCAAGGUCAGAUCCUGCAGGUGGUCCGCGCACCUAACGGGGCUCAGUACAUCAUCCAGCAGCCCCAGCAGCAGAUCCUCCUGCAGCAGCAGAUGCAGCCAGGUGGCGUGCAGGCACCGGUUAUACAACAGGUACGCCCCAUCAGACAGGUUCUGGCUCCUCUGCAGGGAGGCCUGCCUCAGCAAACAGGAGUCAUCAUCCAGCCGCAGCAGAUUGUUUUAGCUUCAGGAAACAAAGUCCAAGGCAACACACAGGUGAUGCAGGCGGCGGCGAUGGCGCAGCAGCCCGGUCAGGCUGCAACAGCUCAGGUCCAGCAGGUGCAGCAGGCCCAGGGUGCAGCUGCGCCACAGGCCCCACCUCAGGCCCAGCAGCCGGCCCAGGCUCAGCCGCAGCCCCCGGCACAGCAGCCUCCCAUGAUGCUGCAGGUGGACGGCGCCGGAGACACCUCCUCAGAGGAGGACGAGGAUGAGGAGGAGGAGUAUGACGAUGAUGAUGAGGAGGAGAAGGACAAAGAUGGGGGAGAGGAUGGGCAGGUUGAGGAGGAGCCGCUGAACAGCGGCGAUGACGUCAGUGACGAGGAGGACCAGGAGCUGUUUGAUACAGAGAAUGUAGUGGUGUGCCAGUAUGACAAGAUUCAUAGAAGUAAGAACAAAUGGAAAUUCCACCUGAAGGACGGGAUCAUGAAUCUGAACGGGAGAGACUAUGUCUUCUCCAAAGCCAUUGGGGAUGCCGAAUGGUGAAGUAGAAAAACACAACAACAACAAAAAAAAAACAGACAAAG